AAGAGACAGAGAAGAGAGAGAGGGAGAGAGAGAAAGGCGAAGAAUACGCAGAUUCCAUCCAAUUUAGGGUUAGGGCUUCCCCUAAUUUGGAAACCUAGUCCUGUUUCCUGAUCUGUUAUCCGGAUCGGACGAGAGGAGAGACGAAGUAACGAAAAUGGGCGCGAAUUCUAUUCCGACGGACGCAACCAUUGAUCUCGAUGAGCAGAUCUCGCAGCUUAUGCAGUGCAAGCCCCUCUCGGAGCAACAGGUUCGAGCAUUAUGCGAGAAAGCCAAGGAGAUCUUAAUGGAUGAAAGCAACGUUCAGCCUGUGAAAAGCCCUGUGACAAUUUGCGGUGAUAUUCAUGGACAGUUCCAUGAUCUUGCUGAGCUUUUCCGUAUAGGGGGAAUGUGCCCUGAUACCAAUUAUCUGUUUAUGGGAGACUAUGUGGACCGCGGUUAUUAUUCUGUUGAAACUGUUACGCUGUUAGUCGCCUUAAAGAUGCGAUAUCCUCAGCGAAUCACUAUUCUUAGAGGAAACCAUGAAAGUCGUCAGAUUACUCAGGUUUAUGGAUUUUAUGAUGAAUGUCUGCGAAAGUACGGCAACGCAAAUGUUUGGAAAAUCUUUACCGACCUCUUCGACUAUUUUCCUCUGACAGCCUUGGUUGAGUCAGAAAUAUUUUGCCUUCAUGGUGGAUUAUCUCCAUCUAUCGAGACCCUUGACAACAUAAGGAAUUUUGAUCGAGUUCAAGAAGUGCCCCAUGAAGGGCCAAUGUGUGACUUAUUAUGGUCUGACCCCGAUGACCGAUGUGGUUGGGGCAUCUCUCCUCGAGGUGCCGGAUAUACGUUUGGUCAGGAUAUAUCCGAACAAUUCAAUCACACAAACAACUUAAAGCUGAUCGCCCGAGCUCACCAGUUGGUUAUGGAUGGAUACAACUGGGCUCACGAGCAAAAAGUGGUAACUAUUUUCAGUGCACCAAACUAUUGUUAUCGUUGUGGGAACAUGGCCUCGAUUCUUGAGGUCGACGACUGCAGGAACCACACCUUCAUUCAGUUUGAACCAGCACCGAGGAGAGGAGAACCAGAUGUCACCCGAAGGACUCCAGACUAUUUUCUGUGAUCACUGGACACAGACUCAUCUCAAUCAGCAGCUGCAGGCACCCACAAGUGAAAAGUCACAGUUGGUAACUCGAGAUUUCUGGUUUCUAUGCAUUGUGUUCAGGUUGCUCUGUUUAAAAUUCAACUUAGUGCCACCACCGGAAUAUAGUGUGUAUUAUAGGCGAAGAAGGCUCUCUUAUCUUCCUCUAUAACCAAGAAAAGAAAAAAAGAUACCCAUUAUGGACAUUGUUUUGUUGAUGUUAUUAGCUUCUUCUUCUCUCUUCUGCAUCAGAAUGUGUUUUUAUGUGAGAGAUCUUCUAAUUUUAUUUCACGUAAUUCGUUCUUGAACCUCUCUGAUUUUUGAAUGAAACCUUGAAAUUGUUCUGUUUA